GUUCCUUGAUACUUGUUCUAUGUGGUGACUGCCAUGGCCCGCAAACGGAAACUGCAAGAGGAAGAUGCGGUGCCGCCAUUGGACAACCUGGACGCAUGGGCCUCGCAUCCGCGUCUAUUGAGGCAUGUGAGGUGUUUAGUGGCUUCCAAGAAUCCGCGAAGGGUUCUGAAACGUUACAAAGACCGGGCGCAUGAUGAAGGACAACGUUGCUGCGUCCAUGUUGCUGCCUGGGUGGCAUUGCUACCUGAGGAGUCGGAACUGCUCAAACCUGCUGCAGAGUUGUUGGCAACCUUGCUGGCAACAAGGCCCAAGACACGAUAUGGCCCCUGGUUUUUGGGCUGCCUAAAGUUGGUGGCGAGGCGACUAUCCAAGUCUGACGCCCCCAUGUGGAAGGAGCUCAAACAGCACUUGCCACGGAGAGUUUGGCAAGACUCGGAGGCCACAGAACUGGAAACCAAACGGCUGCACACAGCCAUGACCAAGUGGCACAACGGCAACCCUACUGAGAGGAUCCUUAUGUUGAAGAAGAUCCACGACACAUUUUCCCAGGCUUUAGCCAUUUCGCCCACUUCCACGGCCACCUUGGCGUUGCGGCAGAAGUUGCUACAGCUGACGCUGCGGAAGGCGGUCGCUGCGUUGGCCGCACCAAGGGCAGCCUGCGGAGCUGCAGAGAAAAUCGCUCGGGAAGAGCGAGAAGGAACCCAUGAGCCCAGCCAACAGGAGCUGAGAAGCCUUCUGCUGAAAGCACUGCAAGAAGUCAAUCUGAAGGAUGUGAAGUUGAAACCCGUUCUAAGUCAUUUGCAACAGCUGAUUCUCCAAUUACAACAACCUCUGGAAGAAGCUGCCUGUGCGGCUCAGUGGCUCAUGAUCUCUGCCUUCCUUCAGAGCUGGGAGGAUUCAAACCGCCACGAGAGGCACGGCCGCUGGAGCGAAGCUGAAAAACGAGACGUCUGGCAGUUUCUGCAAGAUCGAUUGAGCAGAUAUGCGGAACCCAAUUCGGUCCUUUUCGCCAAAGCGGCCUUAAACUUUGGCCGCUCCAGCAGUGCCAUCAAGGCCUUCUGGCGCGCACGCACGGAUCUGCGCUAUGCCCCAUCGGCGCCGGAGGGGCUGAAGCAUCACAGGGGAAUCAUCAAGCAGAUGGUGGGACAUGCCAUGAGGAAACUCGGAGGGGAGGCCACCAGCUUGGAACUCAUCGACUUCAUCGGCAAUGAUGUGGAGAUGCAGGAGACUUACGGACAUCGCUUGCAAACGCAUAUGACAAAAAUCAACGGCAACAUGAAUGCGAUCCCCGCAUGGCAACGGACGGUGCGCACCAAUGUGGAUCGCUAUUUAAAGCAUACAGGGAAGAAACGCCAUGGCCGGUUGGUGUACAGAUUGAAAUCCGAGCGCUAAGAUCUGGUUUCGCCCAAGCUCGUUGGGAAGGUGUCUUGUUGCAAAGAAUUUUUAAGAUCAUUUUCAGAUUAGGCAUGAUGAUAUUUUCUCUCGUUUCUUUCAAGGUGUUUUUUGAGGAAAUUGAGAAAUGUUUGGUCGCUUUGGCCACUUUAUCCUCCAUAAAAACAGUGGAUUUGAAGCAUGGAUUGUAUGGUAGAUAUGCGGUGUGAGGUGAAAGAAAUAUUACCAAGACAUCGGCAUUUGCGUUACCCUCUG